CGCCGCAGAUAGUAAAACUAAAAGUAGUUGGGCUCUCGUGACUGCCCGAGUAACCGCUCUGGUACUGUUAUCUAUCUGAAUCGGAAGAGACAGAAAUUUAACCGAUCGAAGAAGCAGAGAGAGAGAGAGAGAGCAUAGUGAAGAAACGAACCCCAUCUCCGCCCCCAUCUUCUACCUCUACAAUACGGUGUCACCUCCGACGGAUCCUCCAAUGAUGGCUUCUUGGCCAGAGACAUCUCCCAUAAAGAUUGUUUGGAGAAGCAAUUGGAUCAUAUGAGGUGUCCACUUGGUUGUAUCGGUCCUCCGGCUGUUAAUUCAGAUGUGCAAUUUUUGCAAGCUUGCUGUAAUAAGGAAAUUUCCCGCAGAGUCACACAGGCGAACAAGGCGAGACCAAAACCUUUGAUCCAAGGAAGUACUGUUUUGCAGUUCGAUAAGCUUGGCAAAGGUGGUCACACGCUAUCAUGGCUGAAGGAGAGAAGCGUAUUGAGCUUAAAUUCCGCAUAUAUGAUGGAACUGAUAUAGCACACAGUACUUAUUCAUCAUCUACCACAGUUGGUACCCUUAAGCAAAGGCUAGUUGCUGAGUGGCCUCAAGGCAAAACAGUUACACCAAAGUCAGUGAGUGACGUAAAACUUAUACAUGCUGGUAAAUUUUUGGAAAACAGCAAAACUCUUGCUGAUUCCAGAAUAACUUUUGGUGACACACCUGGGGGUGCUAUUACCGUGCAUGUUGUAGUACAGCCUCCUAUAGCAAAAAAGAAGACAGAGAAGAAUCAAGAUAACAAGCAAAAGAUGAAUUCAUGCUACUCAUGCACUAUCCUUUAGAUCAGGAAGCAUGUUUUGUGGCUGCCCUUGAAGAUAAGGUUGCAUUUUUCCUAUUCUUGACUCUCGGGAUGAUGCGUAAGACAGUGUGCUAUCCAAUGGCAUUGCGUAGGACAUGUUUGGCUUUAUCAAAUGGUCAUUGCUUGCUUCUAUUAAUGGUCCAUUCAUUUCUAGUCGUUGUCUUUGGAGUGAAAUCAGAUGUUAGCUUUGUAAAAUUGUGACCUUAACAAGUACAGUAAGAGUGUUGCAGGGCAUAAACCUUGGGCAAAAGUCCAUAUGGCCCGCGACAUUUGAUGAAUGCAUAUUGUUUAGAAGUAUAUAAUUUGAUAAAUAUAUUUUUUCUCC